AGCUCAUUAAUUCCAACACACAACACGUAUAGAUCAGCUACGUACCGGUCAGAGAUGGAGAUGGCCAUCGGUUUUCGCUUCUUUCCGACGGAAGAAGAGUUGGUUUCCUUCUACCUACGUAACCAGUUACAAGGCAUGAGACAAGAUAUGCACCUUGUUAUCCCAGUCCUCAACAUUUUUUACGACCUUGAGCCCUGGGACCUUCCAAAGCUUGCUGGGGAGCUUUGUAAGGGAGACGUGGAGCAAUGGUUUUACUUUACACCAAGACAAGAGAGGGAAGCUCGUGGGGGAAGAGCUAGCCGAACUACAGCUUCGGGAUAUUGGAAGGCGACGGGGUCUCCCGGCUUUGUCUACUCGUCGGACGAUCGAGUGAUCGGGAUGAAGAAAACAAUGGUCUUUUACAAGGGAAAAGCCCCAAAUGGGAGGAAAACCAAAUGGAAGAUGAAUGAAUAUAGAGCCAUCGAAGCACUGUCCGACCCAUAUGUGUCUGCUCCUCCUAAGUUGAGACAUGAAUUCAGUUUGUGUCGAGUCUAUGUUGCAUCGAGCAGCUCUCGAGCAUUCGAUAGACGCCCACUAGAAGCACACAACAAUGCUGCAACAACUUCCGGGGGAGCCUCAGGUACUUCACAUGCUGGAGGAGACCACUAUAAUCCAGCCGAGGCUAGUGAAGAUGAGUUUUGGGAGUUGGUUAACAAUCUUGAAGAACAUGCCAUAGGAUGGGGACAAAUUAAUGAAAUAUAAGUAGGCAAUCAGCCCCGUUCGGCACAUAUAACCGAAGAGCAUGAACAAACGAACUUGGUAAGUAGCGGAUUUGCUUGUUCAUACUUGUAGACCAAAGGAACAAUACAACUAAUAAGCAAGUUCUAAGGAGAUCAUUUUGUGUAAAAUAGGCUUUUGUUUUUUUCUUUCGGAGAAAUCCCGUAGGUUUUUUGUCGAGAUAUCUGUCACUGAAGCUUGUGUAAAAUGGAUUUGUUUUUUUUAUUUAUAAUUUUUUAGAUUUUGUUGUGUUGGUUAUACCCAUCAUUUAUAUGAAAAAAAUGGUUCGAUUCUUUCUUUAA